UAAGAAAGGCAUUUCAUAAAUGUUGUCAUUUUUGAUUGAGUAAUUCCAUAAAUGUCCUUUGUAAACUACUAUUAAUGUGCAAUAAUUGAAAGCACAUUGUAUUUGGAAUAGAAUAUAAUUUCUCAACUCUGGCUUUACCUCUAACUGAUGAUACACCUUUGAGCAAGUUGCUUUAUCUGAAUUCUUUGGAUUGGAUUUUGUGGAAAACAAGAGUCCUUAACUUUUAGCACGAAAGCUUUAUUUAUAUUUUAUACUAAUCAGUCCUUAACCUGCAUUUGGUUAUUUUUAGGAAGAGGAACUACUAAGUUUAAAAAGUGUUAUGUUUGUGUAAAAGGAGAAUUUGAGAACAUGUUAGGGACUACUCACCAGAAGUAGUAAAACUGUCUCUUGUUGAAAAAUCAUCAAGGAAUUUUAUGUUAGUCUGUUUUAUGCUGCUAUAACAGAAUACCAGAGACUGGGUAAUUUAUACAGAACAGACAUUUAUUUUAUAACAGUUCUGGAGACUGGGAAAUCCAAGAUGAAAAUACCAACAUUGGGUGUCUGAGGGCCUUCUUGUUGCAUCCUCAGAUGGUAGAAGGCAGAAGGGCAGGAGAGCAAGCUAGUCCCAUGUGUGAAGCCUCAUUCAUCAGGACCUUAAUCCCAUUAAGGAGGAAGGAGCCCUCUUGGCCUGAUCUCCUCUUAAAGGUCCUACCUCUUAAUAUCAUCACAUUAGAAACACCUGAAUUUUGGAGGGAACACAUACAAAUGGUAGCAAAUUUAGUAGAGCAAUUUCCAACGACAUUGAACCUAGGCCAGUUGUCAGCUCUGGAUAUAAUUUUAGAUGUUUUUAGGCUCUGAAGCUUUGCAUUUACAUUCAAACUUCGGAACAAAGAUCUUUGUCUCUGCAUUGACCAAAUAGAAGGACAUAGAAGACUGAGAUCACUGCGAGAUGAAAGAAGAGCCUAUUAGUGGGAAAAAGUUGGAGGAUGAAGGAACUGAAAAAGAACAUUUGGCAGUAGUAGAGAAAAUUAGGAAGACUGAAAGGCAAGACCAUUUGAAUGUGGUUGACCCUGAUAGUCCUUUGUACAGUGAUCUUCAGAUCUUAAAAGAAAAAGAAGGCAUAGGAGAUAUUUUGCUGAACUUACCUUUUAAGGUAUGUAUUGGGUGGAGGAGCAUUAUGUAUGGAACUUCUCACAAAAACAGGGCUGAAGCAGUGCUCACUCAAGAACCGGUCAUCGCAGCAAAGAAAUGCCACGUGACUCAAAGGCAAAGCCAGAGGCAGCUUGGAGCAAAGAAGGCAAACACGCUACAGUUGUAA